AGCUAUAGCGAAGGGAAAGCAGCACCCGAGGAAACCCUAACCACCAUCGAUUGAUUGAGCGGCGGAGAUGGAGACGGUGAGCAGCGGAUUCGCGGGGUUCAAGAUCUACACCAGCGACGAAGAUGGCGCAUCAAGACCGGCCGGCGGAACUCGCGGGGUUGCGACGACCGGGAAGGAGGUCAGCAGCAGCAGCAAGGUCGGGGAAAGCACCCGGCGGGAGGGCCGAGGUCUUCGCGAUGCGAACCGGAUAGGCGGCGAAAGGGCAAGGCGGGAGCGCCAACUUCUUCGCGAUUCGUUCAAUUCAGUGCCUGGGAAGAAGAAUCCUCCACCUCGAGACGACGAGAAAGAUGAGGGUGCGAUCCCCAUCUACCGUCUUGCCUGGGAUACCUCCUUCGGCGGCGUCUGCGGCUCCUUCGACGACGAAACUGCCCUUGGUCCCAUGCGCUAUACAUCUGGACCUAUCCCAGAGAAUGCUGUUCCAGCCAGCACCUUGCAGAUCUUCUCUGUCAGAGUUACUGACCUGAAAGACGGUCUCUGGUGGCCACUUCAUGUCUAUGGCUUCGUUGCCACCAGAGGCGGGGCAGAUCAUAAUCGCAACUUUCUCUUCAGGCGCACCAGGGAUAACUGCCAAAUCCUUACCAAAAAGGAUCCAGUUUUGCUGUUAACAGGCCCGUCUCGCGCAGUCUUGUUGGCUGGUCUGGUCACCUUCGAAGUACAGCUGAUGGCAAAGAGCAAAACUGAACUUGCAGAUCAAGUGCUGGCUUCCAAAGUCUUCUAUUUCCACCAGGGAUCUCGUCGAGAAGACAGUAUUUGUACACGCAUCCCCUACAAGCAUUGUACGCUCGAGUUUGCGCUCGCGCCUCUGCGGCAUUCGGUCGAGGCCACCGUCACUGUCCAGCUCGUCGACGGGUCGUGGCCGGACGGUCACCAGGGGCAGGUCUUCUCCUGCACCGACAGCAUAAAAGAUACCAAGAUGUUGCUGCUUGACUGUCCAGAUGGAACGAUGCCCAUCGGUCCGGACGGCAUGUUUGAGCUCUCCAGGCGCGUUGUUUGCACAGAGCUGGGCGGGAGGGAUAAGCUCAUGGUGUCCGUGCAGGCGCGCCGCGUCGGUUUCCUUACGAGAAAUCAGGCCGUCUUCGAGCCCAAGAUGUCCGGGACGAGCGUUGGCAUGUGUGAUCUUCGUUUCUGCAAGAUGCAGGUCACCGUUGCUUGGUCCCUGCUCUCCACCUCUGGCACACAUGCCGGUGGCAAGUAGCAGGGGCUGUCUGGUAAUGUGUGCUAAGCCAUGGAUGGGAGAGAGGUAUUCUCUGUUUAGCCCAAAGUUGUCCAAAGUGGUGCUCGCUAAAUAAAUCAUGCCACUCCCCUGUGUACUAGCAUGUCGUUUAUUUGGUCCUGUGUUUUCUCAGCUCCGUUGUAAGCUUGUGGUGGGCCUUUGUUGUGAGACGAUUGUUCGUUGUAAUAUAAUAUAAUGGUCUAGGAUUUGGGCA